CACCCGGGGCCGGCCCAGGAGGGUGGACGGUGCGGGACCCAGUUUCCGCUCUCGGGGAGAGGAAGCCGGCGACCCACGGUCAGCUCCGAAGACCACUGAUGGGCCCUGUCCCAGCACGUCCCAAGCACCUCCUAAUUCCCACCGUGCGCCGUCUUAAUUCGGUUACAGAAUUCUCCUUUUCCCCCGCAGCGCCUCCCUUGAAGCAGAGGGUGUCACGGCCGCGGCGGCUGGCAGAGAUUCUCUGCAGGGAGGAUCCGCGGGGCGUAGGCUCUGACACCCCGACACCCGCGUCUGCGACGCGAGAAGGGCGCAGCGGGGGCAGCAGCGGCAACAGGACUCCCAGCCGAGGAGGAGGCUGCGGCGGAGGCCCCCGCGAGGCUGCCGCCCCGGCCCCGCGGGUUCCCCCCUCUUCCGCGGGUGAAUGAAUGAUUAGUCCAGCAGCGUCUCCCCGCCCCGGUUCGUCCGAGGUUGAAAGGGAGGAGACUCGGAGAGACUGUUUCUCUUUUUUUCAGGGCGAAAAGCGUUCGCCUCCGUGCGUUUAUUAACCGACCUUGCGUGUCGUGUCUACUUCUGUCCUCCGCAGUGUCAGAACUCGCGGACACAGAGCCACAGGGCGCCGGUCUGGGCCCCUGGGUCCGCUCCGCCCGCGAGUCCGCUGUCCUAUCCCCCCGCCCGAGGGAAGCGAAGCUGAGUGAAAGGGAGUGAAAAGUUGAGCCCGCCACCCCCCACCCUCCGCCCCAUUUGUCGCUCCUUCCCAAAGCUGGGGACAAGGGAGCUAGCAGGGGUGGUGAGGCACGCCUGAGCCCCGCUUGAUGCUCCCUUAUUAGAAUGGGGGCGCCCGGGCACGAGCAGGGGUGGUGCGGCAUCCGCGGUUAGGGGAGGGUCCCCGGGAAGGAGGAGCCGGCUCCGAAAGCGUGGGCCGGUGGUGACACGCCUGCCCCGCUCAGACCUAAGCCCCGGGGACGGCGGCCUCCCUCGAGGCGCCGGGGGGCGGUCUGGACAUCCCGCUGAGACGAGUCCAGGGCGCGGGGCUCCUGCGCCGCGGCGCCCCCAGCGGGUUCCCGGAGGCGCCCGGGGCACCCCUGUGCCGGGCGCGGGAGCGAGCGCGCGCGCCGGCCGGGCGGAGAGCUGGAGGCCGGCGGGAGGUGGGGAGUGCCGGGGAGCAGGACGCGCGCGGCGGCGCCCGGGGCCGUGGCUGCAGCCGGGCGGCGGCGGAGCCGCGGUGCGGUGCGCAGCGGGCGGCGCUGCCAGUCCUGUCUGCCUAUCUCCCGCGGCUCCGACACCCCCUCCUCCCGGCCCCGCAUCUGGCGUGGAGGGGCCGACGACUAAGCCUCGGGAGCAACUCCCUCAAAAAAGCCGCAUUGGAGGAGCCUGGCCGCAGGACCCCUCCUCCCGGGCGCCCCCCACCCCUCGCCUCCCGCUCCCGCCUCCCCCGCCCCCCCCCCCCUUACUCCCGGGCGCCCGCCUCCCUCCUUCGCGGACUGUCUCCUGACUCGCCGGCUGAGAGCCCUUUUUGAUUGCGAGCGGCCGUGGUGGAGCAGAGGCAGCGGCGCGGGACCUGCAGUCGCCCGGGAUUCCCUCCAGGUGACGAUGCUCUGGUUCUCCGGCGUCAGGGCUCUGGCUGAGCGUCCCUGCCGGCGCUCGCCUGGGAUUACCUGCUGCGUCUUGCUGCUGCUCAAUUGCUCGGGGGUCCCCAUGUCUCUGGCUUCCUCCUUCUUGACAGGUUCUGUUGCAAAAUGUGAAAAUGAAGGCGAGGUCCUGCAGAUUCCGUUCAUCACGGACAACCCCUGCAUAAUGUGCGUCUGCCUGAACAAGGAGGUGACCUGUAAGAGGGAGAAGUGCCCCGUGCUGUCGAGAGACUGCGCCCUGGCCAUCAAGCAGCGGGGAGCCUGCUGCGAGCGCUGCAAAGGUUGCACCUACGAAGGGAAUACGUACAACAGCUCCUUCAAGUGGCAGAGUCCUGCGGAGCCCUGUGUCCUGCGCCAGUGCCAGGAAGGCGUUGUCACCGAGGCCGAGGUGCGAUGCGUCGUUCACUGUAAGAACCCAUCCCAGCCCCCGGGAGCAUGCUGUCCCACGUGUCCAGGCUGCGUGUUUGAGGGUGUGCAGUACCGAGAAGGGGAGGACUUUCAGCCAGAAGGAAACAAAUGCACCAAGUGCUCCUGCAUCGGAGGCAGGACACGGUGCCUGCGAGAAGUCUGUCCCAUUCUCUCCUGUCCUCGGCACCUUAGCCACGUCCCCCCAGGACAGUGCUGCCCCAAAUGCUUGGGUCAGAGGAAAGUGUUCGAUCUCCCGUUUGGAAGCUGCCUCUUUCGCAGUGACGUUUACGACAACGGAUCCUCGUUUCUCUACGAUAACUGCACUGCGUGCACCUGCAGGGACUCCACCGUCGUGUGCAAGAGGAAGUGCGCCCGCCCCGGCGGCUGCGACAGGGGCACGGAGGCCUGCUGUGAGGAGUGCCUCCUGCGUGUGCCCCCGGAGGACGUCAAAGUGUGCAAGUUUGGCAGCAAGAUUUUCCGGGAUGGAGAGAUGUGGUCCUCUGUGAACUGCACCAUCUGUGCUUGCGUGAAAGGCAGGACGGAGUGUCGCAAGAAGCAGUGCGCUCCCAUCAGCAGCUGCCCGCAGGGUAAAAUUCUCAACAGAAAAGGAUGCUGUCCUAUUUGCACUGAAAGUUUGGAAAUAUCCUGGGAUGGAGACAGUUUUGUGGAAGUCAUGGCCGCCCCCCAUCUCAAGGGCAAACUCUGUGGCCUCUGUGGCAACUACAAUGGACAUAAGCGCGAUGACCUGAUCGGUGGAGAUGGAAACUUCAAGUUCGACGUGGACGACUUCGCUGAGUCCUGGCGGGUGGAGUCCAAUGAGUUCUGCAACAGACCGCGGAGAAAGCCGGCGCCCGAGCUGUGCCAGGGCGCCGUGAGGGUGAAGCUGCGAGCCCACCGGGAGUGCCAGAAACUCAAGUCCUGGGAGUUUCAGCCCUGCCACUCGACGGUGGACUAUGUGACCUUCUACCGGUCCUGCGUGACAGACAUGUGCGAGUGCCCGGUCCACAAGAACUGUUACUGCGAGUCGUUCCUGGCGUAUGCCCGGGCCUGCCAGCGCGAGGGCGUCAGCGUCCACUGGGAGCCUCAGCAGAGCUGCGCGGCCACCCAGUGCAAGCACGGGGCCGUGUACGACACCUGCGGCCCGGGCUGCGCCAAGACCUGCGACAACUGGAACGAGAUCGGCCCGUGCCAUAAGCCGUGCGUGGCGGGCUGCCACUGCCCUGCCAACUUGGUCCUUCACCGGGGGAGGUGCAUCAAGCCAGUCCUCUGUCCUCAGCGGUGACCCUUGCUCAGCAGCUUGAGACUUUGAGCCCUGGUGUUGUUGACACUGAAGUGGAGGGGCCAAUGAAGGACUGCGGCAUCUGCGUGCCGACCCUGCAAACACGCUCACACAGAGUACAUAUGUGUACAUACAUAGAGACAUAGAUAUAUUCAGAAACAUUUCAUCAUUUAUAUAAACUAUAGGUGGAUUAUUAUAUGUAUAUUUUUUGCUAUAAGACAUGUAUUAUUUCUAGAACCCUAAUCUGUAAGCCGUUGGAUGCAGUGCAUAAAUAAAGCAGGUGUGUUUGAUUUAACAAGGCGGCACGCAGACACAUCGGAGGGCUCGAACAUCACCUGCGCUGUCGUCUUUAAGGAAGUUUUCUAAAAUCCCUGAAUUGCCUGCCUGCGUUAAUUUUAGCUUUGGAUCAGGGUCUGCAGGGGAGUGAGAAAUGUGUCUCUCUGGAGAAGGGCAGACUAGUCUAGGGGCGCUCCAGGAUUCCAAAGAAAGGGGUGCAUGCUUGGGAGAGGCAGCCGGUACUUGGUGACAGUCCCUAAUGGUGCAUGCAAAGCGAGGCGCAGGGUGUCAGAGUUUAUUGGGUCAUGGUCUGAUAUUAUUUCCCAAACUGAUGGGCUAGUUGCCAAGAAAUAAUGUACUUGCUACCAGAGCAUCGCCAAAGAAUCAAGCGGCUUCUUACCGUCCUUGUGCAUUCCCUGUGUCUCCUCCUUACAUACGUGCGUGCGGUGGACAGGCGUGCUCGCCUGUCACACGCUGGGACAAAGGGGCUCUCUGAGGGACACGUGGGUUUCACUGAGCACGAGCAGAGAUUUGGAAAAACGUGCACAGCGCGGGGGGAAAAUAGCGGUUUCUCUGAACCUCAGCUGUUUAGGAUGGGCAAAUCCGAUGAGUCGGUGCAAGCCGUCUGCAUCCUGUGGUGGUCGUGUUUGUAAAGUGACAGCCUUUCGUUACUCCUGGGGGAUUCCCAGGUCAGUGCUACUGGGUGACUGUCUGUACGUCAUAAUUACUGGACGGAAAGAAAACCCUCACUGACCAGCUGAUGUAUGAGUCCUAACAAAGAGUGGUCUGUACACUUGCUCUGACAUCCUCGUAGGUUACUACUAGUCACCGUGUGGUUUUCCUGACCUGUUUUCCUCCGAAGGAGUGAAAAUGUCAACAACACAGAACCCGCCAAUGUCUAGAAAUAAAAUGUUCUGCAGUGAAGUAAAUAAAGGGCUUAAGACUUAAAA